ACAGUCUGUUCUAAAUUGCGACUAUUUUCAGCGACGUAUUGUCUUUAUAUCAAGUAAAAUAACGCUUUCAUUUAUCGGGACAAAAGCUUAGUAAGAAGAUAAUUGGGUUUUGAGCAGACUUGUGGAUGAUUUCACUUGCCCCAGUUUUAAGCUUUCAGAGUUUUGGGUAUCCCUAGUGGGGAUAGCCAAAACACUAGGGAUUUGGGUACGGGGGUACCCAAAACUCAGGGAUUCCCAAAUCACUGUGACACCGCCAUUUUGAAAAGUGGAGAAGGCCCUUGGACGACAUUGAGUUUACCGCCGGCUAAGUGGGAGCUCUGCCGUUGACCAGUGGUUUUGAAAAGAGAGCGAUAUGAAAUCAUACACGUUCUGGACAUUCUUGUGCUUGAGCAUUUAUUUUAACAAAGCAGUGGAUCUAAGCGCGAAGAAUUCUCUUAUUUGGGGUCCAGGACUACACAGAAAGAUUGUUCUACCUGCGAGAUACUUCUUUAUCCAAGCAGUAGAUAAAGAAAACAACAACCUUACUGAAUCCCCAGGUGAUGAUGCAUUUGAUGUUAAAAUUACUAGUUCAAGCGGACGAGUUAGAACAUGGGUACAGAAGUUGGAUAGGCAGGAUGGUUCAUUCAUUGUACGCUAUCGACUAUUUGCAUCAUAUCCAGAUCUUACAAUUCAUGUUACCUACAAAGGCAAGAGUGUUGAUAGUUCACCAUACAGAUUACACGGAGGUGUGUACCAUGAAACUUGCUUUUGCCCUGAAUUGGAUGGAAAGAGGUGGAGAGAAAUUAUGAAUUGCCCGGAGAAGUACUCGCAAAUAGAGAAGGAUCUUUCACCCUUUGACCAAAUAAACCUGGAGGAACUAGCAAAAGAAGCUGUUGGUCGGUUUGGAACUCAUCAUGCAAUUUGUCAUUACUCUGUUAUUAAUAACCAGGUUUAUCACAAGUGUUACGGUCAGCAUGUGGGAUUUUCAAUGUUUAUGGAUAACAUACUCUUGUCUCUUGCUAGGAAGGUCGUUCUUCCUGACAUGGAGUUCUUUGUCAACCUUGGUGACUGGCCACUUGUUAAGCUCAGCACAAAUCCUCUUCCAAUUCUUUCCUGGUGUGGUUCAGAUGAUACCUUAGACAUUGUCAUGCCUACGUAUGAUCUCACAGAAUCUACACUGGAGACAAUGGGAAGAGUUUCCUUGGAUAUGCUUUCUGUCCAGGCCAGCAGAAGUCCAAUGUGGUCUGACAAGAUUACCAAAGCAUUUUGGCGUGGGCGUGACAGUCGAGAAGAACGGCUCAAGCUUGUUAUGAUGGCAAAAAAAAAUCCAGACCUAUUUGAUGCUGCACUUACAAACUUCUUUUUCUUCAAGCAUGAUGAUAUCAAAUAUGGUCCCAAAGUCAAGCAUGUGUCAUUCUUUGAUUUCUUCAAGGGCAAAAAAGGAAUGCCUACUCAUUAAUAAGAAGAGUGGUGCUUGUACUAUUGAAGGAAUGCUAGCGCUCUUUGAACAGUAAAACAAAACACUAUGAGAGAGUGUGCACAGGUGAUCUGCAUAAUUUUAUAAUAGGAAUUUAGGGAUGAAGCGUUUGGUAAUAAUAUUGGGUCUGUGUCUUGUGUAUUAAGCAUGAAAGGGAUUUUAUUUAAAUUGAUUGAAAAGCAUUGGAGAAAGGAUGCAGCCUUGUCUGACACCCUGAUUACCGUAAUCAAGGAAUUUACUUCUUUGGAAACCAUGUUUAAUGGAUCAUUCUGUUUUGGAAUAGAGAGUGUUAAUCAGGUGAUAACAUGUUCCUCCAAUUUUGUAUCUGAGUAAUUUGCAAAGUAAACCGUCAUGCCAUACUGAAUCCAAGACCUUUUUAAAAUCUAUGAAACAGGUGUAAAGUUUGCCUUUGGUUGUAUGAGUGACGUAUUUAUCAAUUAGAGUUCUAAAGGUGAAGAUAUGGUCGGUUGUGCGAUGGUUAAACACAAAGCCAAUUCGAGCUUUAAUUUGUGUAGGAUAUUGUGGUCCCCUACAAAAUUUUUCAGUCGGUUAUUGAGGACGGCACCAAAAAGUUUUCCUAGGAAGCUAUUUAAGCAUAUGCUGCGAUAAUUUGCUGGUCUUGUUUGUAUCCAGAUUUGAAUAUGGGAGUUAUUACACCCUCGCACCAACUUUGUGGAAAGUACCCAGUGGUGAGGAUAUAGUUAUACAGUUUGCGGAUUGCAGACUUGAAGUGAGGCCAAGAGCCGGUUUUGAGCAUUUCAUUUCGUUUUCUGUCAGGACCCAGGAGCUUUUCCAGAUUUUAAAAGUUUUAUUGUAGUGUCAAUUUCAUCGAGAGAAACAGGGACCGUCAUCUAGAUAGUUUUGAUCAUCUUUCUGUUGUUCUAAGGCUGAUUUGUCAUUUAGAACAGACAGGUGGAAUUUGGAUAAUAUUGACGGUUUUGGUUUUGAAUGCAACUUUUCAAAAUGAUCAUAUAGUUUGUUAAUGCGUGCUUCCAGCAUACCGUUUGAAACACUUUUAUCAGUUUCAUUGAGUGAUUUCAAAUAGCUCCAAAAUUCAUGGUUUCCUUUGUGUUUAAUUAGGUCAUCGAUUUUUGAGUUAAGUAGGUUGGUUUUCUUGAAUUUUCAUAAGUUUUUUAAAGUUUUUGUGCACCUUAUGGUAAUCCUGCCUAAGAGUUUCAUCAUAAGGAUUUCUAUGUUUUUUAUUAGAUGGCUUAGUCAAAGUCUUCCUCAGUUGGAAACGUUCUUGGUCAAACCAUUUCUUUGACUGUUGUUUUUUAUGAGCCUUCUUUUGACAGUUUAAUUUGAGAGAACGUAAAGAUAUUUUGCAUUCCACCAUUUCAGUUGCAUUGGAAACUGAGGCGAGCUUCAAAUUUUAAUGAAAGAUCGUGGUGAGAUUGGUCAUUAGAUAAAGUUUGGUGGUUUUAUUUACGUUGAACAGAGACCAAGUCAUGGACUUUGAAACAUGAUUCGACAUCCAUACGAACAUCUCCAAUUUUGAGACAGCAUUACAACAAAAAUAUUUUAUUGCUGGUCAUCCAGUCAUGCAAAUCUAAGAUCAUGAAUGAUGACGAUGAUGAUGGUGAAUGAUGGUGUUGUGAAUUAAUUUCACCUGAUUCACCCGUGCGAAUGAACUGUAGCAGUAUUGCACAGGCGCCUUCGCGAUUAUGUUAAUUUUGUUUGUUGUAAAAGAUUUCGUAUUCAUAUUUUUCAAGCAUAUGGUUUGUUAAUUGUCAAGGAAUAAACCAUCUGAAGUUAUCUCAGUUGGAGUCGUUGGAACAUCUAGAGACAUUGGUGCCGGGACCAGGAUUCUGCCAAGGAGCUGCAGAAAAUGGGCGAAGAUUUGAAGUAACUAAUUAGCGUCAGAGGGGCAUACUGUGGACAUUGCACAAGAGCAGUAAAGUGGCAAAUGAAAUUAUGGAGUCAUAUUCGCCUAACUUGGACGCACUUGAAAACAUGUUUGAAGGACUCUGCAGCAGAAUGGAGCAACUCUCGCUACAGAAUCAGAGGACUGAGCUCACUGUCCCAGAAGAUAAAAUUGAAGAGGAAAUUUCACAAACACUCGAAUACACCGAUGAUUUGAUGGGACAAAAGAACAAGAUUGCAAAAUUCCUUCGCGAUGGGAAAGCUCAAGUUAAACAUGAACAGGAAGAAAACAAGACCGCAAAACUGGCCCCUUAACAACUCAAGAACUAUCAAUCGCCUCCACGUGAAAUACAGCAGCUCUCUUAGAAAGACAGCAAGCUAUCUCUCCCACUUGUCUAUCGGCUGCUCUUAUAUCUUGAUAACAAUGCUGUUCUUUGUUUCCGAGGAAGAUUAGAGAGUGCACCCCUUGAUGAUCAGUCCAAAUUUCCAAUACUGCUUCCCAGAAAUGAGCAUUUCACGAAGUUAGUUGCUCUAGCUGCACACAUAUGAGUACUUCACAGUGAGGUCAGGGAAACACUCACGCAACUCAGACAGAAGUACUGGGUACCUCUUAAACGUCAGUUCGUUAGAAGCCUCAUACGCAAAUGUGCAACCUGUUGAAAGACCAAUGGACCUCCAUAUCAACCUGUAAGUUCUCCGCCAUUGCCUCCAUCGAGAGUGUCAGAAAAUCAAGUAUUUAGUACAACUGGUGUGGGUUAUGUUGGCCCUUUGUACAUCAAGGGCUCCACUGGAGCAAAAAGUCCCACGAAGGUCUUUAUUGUCUUAUUCACAUGCACAGUAGUUCAAGCCAUCCAUUUAGAAGUUGUGGAGGAUCUAUGAUCAGAGUCUUUCAUUCGAGCCUUCAGGAGAUUUGUGAGCAAACAGGGAGUUCCAGAAAGACUUAUUUCAGACAACACGAAAAACUUCAAGGACUGUAGCAAGAGGAUCACUUCCUUGUGUAGUCGGAUUCUGGAGGCAGAGAAAACGCAAAGAUACUUGGCAAGUCAUGGAAUAACAUGGUAGUUUAUCAUCGAAAGAGAACCCUGGUGGGGAGGGUUUUACAAGAAACUUGUUGGCUCGGUGAAGAGGUGCCUCAAAAAGUACCUUGGCAAGACUUUACUCUUGUUCCUGACAUAGUUACUAUGGUAACUGAAGAAGAAGCAGUGCUGAACAGUCGACCGCUGACUUACUUGUACCCGGACAUUGAAGAUAAUCCGCCUUUAACACCAGCACAUUUCCUGUGUGGCCACAAACUUACCACUCUACCCAAUUUAGUUCAGGACAAAGAAGAUGUUGACCCUUUGUUCAUUCCUCUAUCUGUGCAAGCCCCAUGGUCCAGAAAACAAGAACUUUCAAGGAGAAUUAUGCACUAUGAAUCGCUAAUGACAACGUUUUGGACGCGAUAGAGAAGAGAGUAUUUGCUGAACCUGAGCGAAUUUCAACGCCAGCCACUCAAAGGACCCUUGGCAAGGAAUGACAGUUCUGUCAAGAUCAGUCAUGUUGUUCUAGUCCAUGAGCAUCUUCCAAGAAGUUGGUAAAGGUUGGCUCUUGUGGAGAAACUUAUCAAAGGAAGAGAUGGCUGGUGUUGUACUGCUCAAGUUAAACUCGCCAAUAGAAACCAGAUUCACCGUCCUUUGCAGUUGCUUUUUCCGCUAGAAGUGCAAGACACAGUGUCUGAUCAUAAAGAGAUGAAAUCCGAAGAUAUCAUGUCAACUAGCGAUCCAGCAGACCCUCAACAACCCCCUAAAAGCAAGGCUAACAUUGAAGUAAGACAAAAAAUUCACAUGUGGACUCAAUGAUAUUUUCGACUUAAAUCAGUUACUUAACUAAAAUAAGGAUUUCUUACUAUUGUUUUUGGGGGGGGGGAGGAUGUUGUGAAUUAAGGACAGUGCCUACUUUUGUUAGUGCACAUACUUUCUGCGCAGCAGGCAAGGCAUGGUUUAAGUGCCACGUGCGUGCUAAGGUUGGCAUUGACGCAAUCAACUACGCUACCAAGUACAUGACUAAAAGAAAGCAAAAUUUUCCUACUGUGACCAAAUCAAG